GAGCAUCAAGACUGUGAUCGAUCAAGGGUGAAUUGUGACUGAAUUACUGAGCUUCAAAUAAUAUUAAGUCGUUUUUUAUAAAUUCAUCUAAUCAGUCUCCAUUCACCUUAAAAGUCAUCUGCAAGCUGGAACGUGACUCCAACAAUUCAUUGACACAGUUGUGACUGACACAGCAGGUGGGGGAACAAGUCCUGCUGCGGAGUCAAGGCUUAUGACCCCAGCUGUGACCAGAUGAAGUGCUGUGCAGGGACUCUGUACGACCUGCAGUUUCAGGACAGACUCUCAGAGGAGGCCCAGUGCUGUGGGAGUGUCCUGAUGGAGGCCGGUUCCACCCAGACCUGCUGCUCGGCCCCAGGGCUAGACCUGCUCUAUCCUACCCAGCAAGGGUUCACCUGCUGUGGGCACCGCUACCCCAACUCAUCCCUGUGGUCCUGCUGCGCGGGGGUCCUGCACCCAAGGCCUGAACCACACACCACCAGCAAGAACAUGAUUCCAGGACCCAGGCUUCUACCACUGGGGGAUCUGAAGACUGAAGUCCUGUGUCACAGCAGAGUUCUGGUAGGGACAGUGGAGAGUGUGUCUGUGAAGAUGAAUGAGCGGUCCAUCGUGAUGGUGAACGCCAUGUACAUGCUGGCCUCGCGUGGCCAUGUCAGCGCCGUGCCUUCCCCUCACUACGUCACAUUACCCGACCACUGCAGCUUCCCUGAACUGGUGCCGGGCAACACUUACAUCUGGGUGAAAAAUUAUUUCUCAGACACCAUAAGAUUCAUCUCUGAUCAUUCCUCCCUCUCCAUUCCAUUCUCUCCAGGUGCUCAAAAUGAUACUACACAGCAGGUGGGGAACAAGUCCUGCUGCGGAGUCAAGGCUUAUGACCCCAGCUGUGACCAGAUGAAGUGCUGUGCAGGGACUCUGUACGACCUGCAGUUUCAGGACAGACUCUCAGAGGAGGCCCAGUGCUGUGGGAGUGUCCUGAUGGAGGCCGGUUCCACCCAGACCUGCUGCUCUGCCCCAGGGCUAGACCUGCUCUAUCCUACCCAGCAAGGGUUCACCUGCUGUGGGCACCGCUACCCCAACUCAUCCCUGUGGUCCUGCUGCGCGGGGGUCCUGCACCCAAGGCCUGAACCACACACCACCAGCAAGAACAUGAUUCCAGGACCCAGGCUUCUACCACUGGGGGAUCUGAAGACUGAAGUCCUGUGUCACAGCAGAGUUCUGGUAGGGACAGUGGAGAGUGUGUCUGUGAAGAUGAAUGAGCGGUCCAUCGUGAUGGUGAACGCCAUGUACAUGCUGGCCUCGCGUGGCCAUGUCAGCGCCGUGCCUUCCCCUCACUACGUCACAUUACCCGACCACUGCAGCUUCCCUGAACUGGUGCCGGGCAACACUUACAUCUGGGUGAAAAAUUAUUUCUCAGACACCAUAAGAUUCAUCUCUGAUCAUUCCUCCCCUCUCCAUUCCAUUCUCUCCAGGUGCUCAAAAUGAUACUGUUAACCAUGUUUUGAGGCAAUACAGUGUUUUGUUCACAAAUACAUUGCUUACAAAAAAUGUAUUUAAAACAAAACCCGUCUAUUUUGGGUUCUGAUGGGGUAGGACAGAUUAACUGAGCUCAUGAGGCAUACGUUAUAUUCUUCAAGAGUCAAUUUGUAUAUAAUUAAUUUAAAACUCAAACAAAAAUGUAUGUGGAUGAUGACCCAUUUAAGAUAUCAGUAUAUCUUUAAGCAAUUUGUAUUUGCUUACAAAAAAAACCCAACCAUGUUUAUGAUAUCUCAUGAGUCAUAUCUCAGGAUAAGUCAUAUUUUAUUAUGUUUGUCUGGGUAGUGGUUUUCUGUUAUAUUAUCGCAAACGUUCCUUUAAUGUUAAUGCAAUAUUUUCUUAAUAAUGUCUAUUCCAUACUGAAGCUAUUUACUCACUGAAACUCUUUGUUCAAUGUGACACUAACAUCAUUGGCGUGAAUCUGUCUGUGAAGUGAUUGCACCACAUUGUGAAACGGCAGGAAAUAAGCCUAUUUUCUAACCAAGCAAUUGUGUGUAGGUGUGCGACUUCACCAUGACCUCGUGACUUUUUCCACAUUGUGUUACGUUACAGCCUUAUUCUAAAAUUCAUUCAAUUGUCGUCGUCCCCCCUUAAAUAUGACAUUUACAUAAGUACUCGGACCCUUUACUAAGUACUUUGUCGAAGCACCUUUGGCAGAGCGAUUACAGCCUCGAGACUUGUUGGCACACUUGUCAGAGAAGACAGAGGAGCAUCUAUCAACAUAGCAACCGUCACAAGAACAAUAAAGGACUAUUCUAAUAAAUGAAGAUACUCCAAACUCAGAUAUUGACUGAGAUAUAGCACAUAAAACAUUGUCCUGCCACGGACAAAUAAGAUUCUUGCUGAUCCUCUCUUUUAGUUGUGACUAUUGUACAAGGCUGGGUGGGAGGCCACAGCCAUGCUGGCACCUGCAUGACAACAGAACUAUGGUAUGAAAGAAAGUAGAGUUGGUUCAGUUCCAUUUCACUUUAAAAAAAAAACAUCAAACAAAGCUGUCCAGUUACAGGGCAAACAACUGUAUAAACUGCAAACACAUAGUGUUAUAAUUUUAGUGUUCCUGAACAUUGUGCUAAAAAUAAUGGAAGGAUUGAAGAAAGCGAUAGGAUAUUUUAGUGGAGCCUCAGAAACCACAAUGAAAUGACUGUAUAUCAAAACAAUAGGUUGACACCGGCGCCAAACAAUUGCUUGAAACUGUGAGCGAGAAAUUGCAUCUUUCAUAUGCUUCCUUCCAGGCUCUUGUCGUGGGAGAUGGUCCAAGUCCUUGGACACAUUCCCAGUUAACCACACCGUUCUAAAGUGGACCACACAACCUCUUCCUGUAUGAAGCUCUGACCGAAAGUGUCUCAAAGUAAGCCAAAACGUGGCACUAUUAUAAAACAGUUCUAACACAGCAGAUCUAUGCUCUCUAAUGGCCUACACAAAGAAAAUGUCAUGUUAUGAACACCACAUAUCUUUUGUUUCACACAAAUAGUUUAAAACAGAACAUAGACAGGAAUGCAUAAGCUUACAUGUCAAAUGUCAUUUCAUCCUAUUUUAGAGACUAAUGAAAAUACUGUAUCCUAUCACUACUGUGUGUAGGGGGAAAGCAUAGGGCCACUAUCCCUUGAAUAAAUUCAGGGACAAGAGGCUAAUUUGAGCUGGCGAGGGUUAUAAAUGGACAAUAAAGUGAUUAUUAUUAACACAGAGAAGCUAUGUUAAUAAAGAAGUAAGUUCACUGACAGCAGGCUGGAGAGUUAGGUCGUAAACAUACACACCUCAGAUGCUGUCGAAGACUCAGUCUACUUACUCAACACUUAGAAAAAGGGUUACAAAAGGGUUCUUCGCCUGUCCCCAUAGGAGAACCCUCAGUGGAAAGGGUUCUACAUGGAACCCAAAAACGGUUCUACCUGGAACCAAAAAGGGUUCUUCUAUGGGGACAGCCGAAUAACCCUUAUUGGUUCUAGAUAGCACCUUUGUUUUCUAAGCGUGUAUAGGAAAGCAGUCGACAUACACACCUCAGAUGCUGUCGAAGACUCGGUCUACUUACUCUACUUGCAAGGUGUGUGUCAAAGCAUCUAUUAGGAGUAUAAUAACAGUAUAAUAGGAGACUCCAUUUGGAUGAAUGAUCUCCAAAUGAUCUGAUAAAAGGAGGAACUUCAGCAUAGCUUGGGAAUGACUAUCCAGAAGAAUGAGAUUGGGUUGACUUGCUGACAGAAAGAAACUUAGCACAGCAUUUGCACUUCUUCUCGACAUCCCCUUCGGGAUGCACUUUUUCAACAAUUGCCUUUUCAGGGAUGAUUGGAAUAGUGUGGUUUCUGAGAUUAAAUUUCAAAAUCGUAUAAAAGUGAUCUGACAUGUUUCAGCAAUAAGGUUCGAGGAAGUGUGAUAUAUGGCCAA